AUGAAUAUCUUCGUGGACAGCAAAGUUGGCGGAUUACCAAAAACGGCAGUUGGCCAGUUGGCCCACAAUUCCAGCGACGAUGAUGAGCAGACACUGUGUAAUCGCGAAUCGGCCAAGAGGAGCAUUAAGUACUAUUUGCAGAAUACUACAUUGCACGGCCUCAAGUAUAUUGCCGAGGAUCGUAUAACUAUUCCCGAGCGUGUGUUUUUCGGCAUAUCGUUUGUGUUGGUGGUGAUUCUUUCUGGUUUCUUCAUAUCGAAUAUUUAUGUUAAAUGGUCUGCUUCGCCCAUUAUCAUCUCAACGGGCGCUAAACAGAAGCUGACCAGCUCCAUACCCUUUCCAGCCAUUACGAUAUGCAAUCUCAAUCAGGCAUUGCGCAGUCGUGUCAAGCGCAUCUCACGUUCCAGCACCAACUACUCGCUGCUGAUGAGCCUUUGCGAUCAGGGCGGGGAUCUGACCAUUUCCUACAUUGGAACCUGGAAGUACUUUAAGGCCAUACUGGUGGAGGUGGCUCAGCCGUGCAAUGAUAUGCUGCUCUAUUGUAGCUUCGGGGCUAAGCAGGAAAAUUGCUCCGUCAUUUUCAACUCGGUUCUAACGGACGACGGACUAUGCUGCACUUUUAAUGCGCUCGAUCCUAUCUAUUUGUUUCGGAACUAUAGUGAUGAUGUGCGUCUCUCCCCGCCUCGGGACACACACUAUAAGGCCAUUAAUUGGACGCCAGAGCGUGGCUAUACGAAGAAGCUGCCGGAUUUUUAUUAUCCUCGUGGUUCGGGCGGUACAGGCAGUCGCAUGGGUCUCAGUGUGGUGCUAAAUGCUUCCAUAGGCGAGUAUUACUGUACCAAGUCCAUGAGCGUCGGCUUCAAGGUGCUCGUCCACAGUCCGGCCGAGUUGCCCAAGGUCAGUAAUUAUGGGUUUCUGGUGACGGCGGGUCGUGAGGCACGCAUACCCAUCGAACCGGUAUAUGAGGAUGCAUUGUCCAGCAUACGAUCGAUCAAAAAGAAUGUCCGUCGCUGUCUCUUCUCCGAUGAGGGGGAUCUCGCCUACUAUCGCACCUACUCUCGAAAGAAUUGUGAACUGGAGUGCGAAGCCAAAUUGCUGUUGCGUGAGUGCAAUUGUGUGCUUUACUAUUUGCCCCGCAUCGAUCCAAUGGCUCGUGUUUGUGGACCAAAUGAUAAUGUCUGCACUGUGACUGUACAGACGCAAAUUGAAUCCUCGCAGGGGAAUCUCUCGUGCGACAGCUGCUGGCCUGGUUGCUUCGAGUUAACCUAUCGGGCUACCAUCUCUAGUUCGCUGAUAGUGCCCGGAAGGAGUUAUCAGAAUGGUGAUGAGCUUAUCGCUUAUAUACUUAACGGAUCCGUCGAUCUCAACGAGUUGUCUAUAUUAAACUUUUUCUAUGUAUCCAAUAUAUUUCGCAGCACCACCAAAUCAGAAAUGUUUGGGUUCACUGAGUUUUUGUCCAACACUGGUGGCCUCCUUGGCCUCUUCAUGGGCUUCAGCAUCUUUUCGGUAAUAGAGAUUGUCUAUUAUAUAACUGUGCGUCCGUAUUGUGCCUCCCGCACCCUAAGACAGCAUCGUCGCCAACGCAAGCAGGCGGAACUGGGUUGGUUGCCGCCGGGGAAGCCUCAACGGCUACGUCGUCGUCGCCCACCACCGGCUUAUUCCCAGCUAACACGCUCCCAACCACUCCGGCCAAGCCUCUGGCAAGCGUUGCACCAUCGUCAGCAAGAACCACCGAUUUAUCCGUAUUUGGAUUAA